AUGGGACGGGAGCGCCGCAUGUCAGUGCAAGUCAAGCAGCAUGGUCAGAUGGGCAGACAAGCAGGGGCAUCCCCCCCCCCGUCGGCUUUUGCGCCGUGCGCGUGGGUAGUUAAAACGUUAGAUGGGAGAUGGGAUGAGAGGACGUCGGCAACGGGCGCAUCAAACGUGUCCAUCCCCCACAGUAGUUACCCGGACCCUGUGCGUGCUGCUGCUGCUAGUGGGAAUGUCUGCGACGACGGCGACGACAAGGCGAGCUGGACGCCGACAAGAUACAGCAUACGAGGACAGCAAGUCCCUUGCCAGCCAACGACGGCUCACGGCACUGGCAAAGCCCCUCUCCGCAGCCACCACCGCCAACGGCAACAGCAACAACAAACAGCAGUAAGAGCAACAGCCAUAAAGGGUGAGCGACUCGGCCGGCUGGGCCCACGGCAUUGGCGCCUGCAGGUACCGCGAGUCGAGUGCGGCGGUGGCGGUCCAUGA